AUGAAGAAAUCAAAAAAUAAUCAUAACUCGGGAAAAAGAAUUGUUAAAAAUACUGCUUCUAAGAAUGAUAGUGUACCGCCGAAAGUAGAUUCUGUAGAUGAAGAUGACCAAGGUUUUGGAGGUUGGCUCAGGUCAACAGAAGGAAUAGAAAAUAUGAGAUUAUUUGUAAUAGCCAACAGCAUUGUUCUUUUGACUACUCUUGCUUACCCGCAUUUGCAAUUCGUCAUUGGUUGUAUUACUGAUGCUUUGUACGGCUCGGACGGUAUAAUUUAG